AUGCAUAACCUAUUUGGCAUAAGCCUGCCAUGAAACUAGCUAAAUGUAUACAUUUAAUUUGCUAGGUCAGAUGUGGUGUUAAUGAUAAAUUGGGAAAACAUUCAAGAUACCAUAAUAUACAGUACCAGUCAAAAGUUUGGCCACCUACGCAUUCAAGAGUUUUUUUUUUUGCUAUUUCCUACAUUGUAGAAUAGACAUCAACUAUGAAAUAAUACACACAGAAUCAUGUAGCAACCAGUGAAGUGUAAACAAGCCUAAAUAUUUUAGAUUCUUCAAAGUAGCCACCCUUUGCCUUGACCGCUUUGUACACUCUUGGCAUUCUCUCAACCAGCUCAAUGAGGUAGUCUUAAGCAGUUUCCACAUGCUGAUCACUUGUUGGCUGCUUUUCCUUCACUCUAUGGUCCAACUCAUUUCAAUAGGGUUGAGGUUGGGUUUUUUGUGGAGGCCAGGUUAUCUGAUGCAGCAUUCCAUCACUCUCCUCCUUGGUCAAAUAGCCCUUACACAGCCUGGAGGUGUGUUGGGUCAUUGUCCUGUUGAAGAACAAAUGAUAGUCCCACUAAGCGCAAACCAGAUGGGAUGGCAUAUCACUGCAGACUGCUGGUUAACUGUGCCUUGAAUUUGAAAUCAGUGUCACCAGCAAAGCCCCAUCACACCAUCUCCAUGCUUUAUGGUGGGAACCACACAUGCGGAGAUCAACCGUUUACCUACUCUGUGUCUCAAAGACACAGCGGUUGGAAAAUCUUAAAUUUGGACUCGUCAGACUAAAGGACGGAUUUCCACUUGUCUAAUGUCCAUUGCUUGUGUUUCUUGGCCCAAGCAAGUCUCUUCUUAUUGGUGUCCAUUUUUGGUUACAUGAUUCCAUAUUUGUUAUUUCAUAUUUUUUAUGUCUUCACUCUUAUUCUAAUGUAGAUUUUUGAUCUAUUUUUUUAACCUGGAGUAGGUGUGUUCAAACUUGACGGGUACUGUACAUUCUACAUGUAGAAAGAAUCACAGGAAGACGAGCACUGUGUAGGAAGAUUACCCUGGGAAUGUCUUACCUCAUGGGAAUGAAUGAAGCAACCGAUUGGAAGGCGCAAAAUAAGCCUAUUAAUGUCGUAUUCAGGUGUUAGUCGGAAGUAGGAAACUCGUAAAUGUUGGACUUGCUAACUGGCUGUAGUUAUACACGUGUUGCAUUCAAACCAUACCUCAGUGGUGCAGCAACUUAGUGUUCAACUAGAUAGUAGAUCAGUCAUUUCAGAGUUACGACUAGGACAUGAACCCAGCACAACACGCAAUAUUUAGGAUUUUCCUAGUAGUUGGAUGUGCUGGCCAAUGGUGGUUGAGUUUGUAGGUACACUACCCAAUCCAUGUGGUUAUAGGGGAUGGAGGGCGGGCCUAAACGUGCACCGGAAGGUUGUGGUUGAAAGUUGCCGGUGUGUAGCUAGAAUUACCGCCGGACACGCACGAACAGUCAACCAUGGGCAGUGUGUUGGCUGCCAGCUCCCCCCCUCCCCCAGGCAGUGGUGUUGUCCAGGGGGCCCCUGGGUUGGUGUCUGCCCCCCCAGGGUUCUCCAUGCCCUCCGUCCCUCCCCCCACUGUCCCCGGACAGCCAGCGGGUGAGACGGGGAGCCCCCUCCCCAACCCUGGUACCUAUGAGGAGUGUCAUCGCAAGUGCAAAGAGGUCUUCCCCAUCCAGUUGGAAGGAGUGCGACUGGUGGUCAACAAGGGCCUGAGUAAUCACUUCCAGGUCAGUCAUACAGUCACUCUCAGCACCUUGGCUGAAUCUGGCUACCGGUUUGGUGCCACCUACGUGGGCACUCAACAGACAGGACCUGCUGAGUCCUUCCCAGUCAUGGUGGGAGACAUGGACAACACCGGUAGUCUGAACGCCCAGGUUAUCCACCAGCUCACCAGCGCUGUGCGCUCUAAAAUAGCCAUCCAGACUCAACAGCACAAGUUUGUGAACUGGCAGUGUGACAUGGAGUAUCGUGGUGAUGACUUCACCUCUGCUGUUACCCUGGGCAACCCAGACGUCCUCCUCGGCUCUGGUAUUAUCGUGGCUCACUACCUCCAGUCCAUCAGUCCAGCCCUGGCGUUGGGAGGAGAGCUGGUCUACCACCGGAGGCCUGGGGAGGAGGGAGCAGUCACCUCCCUAAUGGGCAGAUACACAGGCAAUAAUUAUGUUGCCACAUUGACUCUAGGAGGUGCUGGUGCUCAUGCAACGUACUACCACAGAGCCAAUGACCAGCUGCAGCUGGGGGUGGAGUUUGAGGGCAGCAUGCGGACGCAGGAGACCGCAGUAUCGUUUGGGUACCAGCUGGACCUCCCUAAAGCCAACCUGCUAUUUAAAGGUUCGGUAGACAGUAACUGGGUGGUGGGGACGGUCCUGGAGAAGAAGCUGCUGCCUCUGCCUCUCUCCUUGGCCCUGGGAGCCUUCCUUAACCAAAAGAAGAACAAGUUCCAGUGUGGCUUCAAUGUCACCGUCGGCUAGACCUCCACAGACCUCCUCCAGCCGCCUCCGACACACUGGGCCAUGCUUGGACCAGCACAGACACACAGUCCUGGGCUUGUCAUGUAUGUAUCUACUGGAUUCAGAGACUCUCCUAUAACUGUCAAUUGUGGGGCAGAGAGUGAGUGAGGGGGUUACUCUAUACCAAGGAGCUAGGCCUACAUAUUGUAGCACAAGUCUAUUUCCUUCUGGUAUAUAUGUGAUACCCAACGAAUAGAGAGCAUCAGGUGAUGCAGUCCAACAUGUGAUUAGACAAAUAUUGUCGCUGUCUGAUAACCGUAUCGCAAUUUUUUGGCAAUUUCCAAACAAAACAAACUUAACAGUAAAAUAUAGCCCUAUUUUUUUCCCCUUAACGAAUAUAUAUAGUUACUGAACUUCAGAAGCAUUUUGAAUAGAUUUCCUUGGUCCUAGAGUCAUGAAAUGUUCAGAGUACACUGAGUGCAGUUACUGCUUUCAAUAUAUGUAAUAGAAAUUGGCAGAAAUGGAGUUGAGGUUCACCAGACCGUGACAAUAUGAUUAUGAAAUGCAUUUAGAAUCAUAAAUAAACAACUUUUUUAUCUUUG